AUGGAUUCCUCUAAGCAACCUGUCAAGCUCGUCAAGGUCACCCGCGUCUUGGGCCGCACUGGCUCGCGUGGUGGUGUCACCCAGGUCCGAGUCGAAUUCAUGGACGACCAGACCCGAAGCAUUAUCCGCAACGUCAAGGGACCAGUUCGUGAGGACGACAUUCUGUGCCUGCUCGAAUCCCGUUCAGCGCCGAGCAAUCAAUUCACCAUGGGUGCCAUUCCCAACCCGCCGAAGGGGCACUUCAACGUCCUGUACUUUGCAAGUGCCGGCUCCUUUACUACCAAAGAAUACGAGACUUUUCCUGCCCCCCUUCCUGUCCGCAAGCUUUUCGACACACUCGAGGAAAAGCAUAUGGGCAUCAAAGCGAAGGUUCUUGACUCGAGCCUUGUAACUGUCAACCUGAACUAUGUCGACAUUCCUGAGAAAGAUGAUGGCUCAGAACAAUACAUUAUUCAAGAGGGUGACGAGGUCGCCAUUAUACCACCAGUCAGCUCUGGUUGA